AAAGGGGAAAAACGCCGAGGUGGAGGAAACCAGAGCGCGCGCGCGUGCCCGUGAGCAGCUCUCGUAGCUGAUUGGCUGCAGAUGACAUCACUGCAUUGAGCUAUUCUUAGCGCCUGGAAUAAGGAUUACGUCAUGUUUUCCUGCUGGGUCUCGAGCAGGUAUUAGAUCUCCGACUAAAGCACCGAGGCACCAGAACACAACACACCGAGACCCAGGACACACGUUACUACGCGUUAUUACGCGUCUGUCAGCACUGAACUCUUAAUCAGACUGGACUUUUAUCAGCAUUUUACUGCACUUCUCUGAUGGUGUUCCAGUCGGAGCAAGCACCGCUCUCUCGCAUCCUGCCACAGCUUUACCUGGGAGCAGAGAGUGAUGUCACUCAGGACUGUCUGUCUGCUCGGGGGAUUUCAUAUGUGCUGAGUGUGAGCCGCUGCUGCCCCCAGCCCUCGUUCUUGCCCCAGUCCCAGUACCUGCGCAUCCCCAUAGAUGACUCUCUGAGGGAUGACCUGCUCCCAUGGAUCCCUCAGGCCCUGCGCUUCAUCGAUGGCGCCAUGUCUCUCGGCUGCUCGGUCAUCGUACACUGCGCUGCAGGAAUCUCCCGCUCUCCAGCUCUCGCUGUGGCUUACAUCAUGCACAGCCUGGAGAUGGAUCUGGACCACGCUUACAGGUUUGUGAAAGAGCGCAGACCCACAAUUUCCCCCAACUUUAACUUCCUCGGUCAGCUCCAGCUGUUCCAGCACACACUUCCUCUGAAGAGCAGUAACACACACUCACACACUCUGCAGCCACUCACAUCUCCUGACAUGUGCACACAGACCACCGAUAGGAGCUUCUCCACAAUUCUUCUAACACAGGAUGGUUAUGAUGUCAUUAAAGGACUCGAAACCGACACCAAAGAGAACAUCCAGCGUUCCAGCACCAUGAUCCAGUCCGGGUUCACAUUAGCUCUCUCCGACAACCUCAGAACUCUGACGCUCAGCGCAGAGCAUGUGGAGCUGCAGAAACAAACCAACACUGAGCCUGAGCCUCACACACACACACACACCCACACACACACUACAACACCACAAAAACCUACACACCUACACAUCCAAUCACUCUCAGAGAAGCGGAAAAGCCUCACUCUGUCUCUGACUCCGCUCGGCCUUGCUGCAGCCACACACACUGACCAGCAGAGGGAGACAGCAUUCACGGAUUCGUGCCAGAACGAGCCCUGCAGCUCUUCCACUGUCCUCAAGGGGGAGGCAGGAGACCUGGAGAAAGAACCAAACCAUUUGACGAGCAAAGGAACAUCAGUGAGAUGCAGCAGGACACAGAAAAGAAGGAACCAGGAGAAGAACAGCUUCCUCCUGAAAGAAGGGCAAGAAACGGUGAAGUCAGGGCCUCAGAGAAGAGAGCGAGGCAGGAGGACGGUGCAGUCACACACACGGAACAUGUGUGUUUCAACUCACCAGCAGCAGGAGGUGACAGGAAGAGAGCUCUCAGGUUGUGCUGUGGAGGCCGUGGAGCUGAUGGAUGGAGGUCCAGUGUCACCAAUUCACCUCACUAUCAACAGAUUGCUGGGCUGGGGGGAGCGCUUACUUCUCGGGGUUCUCCUCGGACCUCACGUCAAGGUGGGCCAUGCCGCCUUGCCCUACAGGUGCUGAACACUGUGUGAGUGUGUCUCUGCUUCCACAGGACUGCAUGGAGAUCUUUCAUUUUAGUCCAAUGCUUUGUCAUAAAACUUAACCGUUGUGGUUUGUUCAGCUGCACUGAGAGGAAAUACGACUGAAGACACGCAGCCAAGUUCUUAUUUAUUGGGUUAUGGAUUAUUGUUAUAUUUAUAAACAGAUAUUUUGAGGCUGAUUUACUGGUUUAGGGCUGGGAUUGUACUGAGACACAGUGUUCAUUAAAGAAAACAUAUUUUACAUUU